UUUGACGCUUAACCACGACGUGAUCGAUCUCUUUUUCUUCUUCCUCUUCUUCCUCGCCAUUUUAGAUCGACAGAGAGAAGAGGAGAGGAGAGGAGAGAAAGAGCGAAACCCGAACCCUAAUGGCGGUCGUAUCGGCCCUAGCGAAGUAUAAGUUGGUGUUCCUCGGGGAUCAAUCGGUGGGGAAAACCAGCAUCAUCACCCGAUUCAUGUACGACAAAUUCGACACCACAUAUCAGGCUACUAUUGGCAUUGAUUUUCUCUCGAAGACAAUGUAUCUCGAAGAUCGAACAGUUCGCCUGCAGCUCUGGGACACUGCCGGACAAGAGAGAUUUAGGAGCCUCAUUCCAAGCUACAUCAGAGAUUCUUCUGUUGCAGUAAUUGUCUAUGAUGUAUCUAAUAGGCAAUCAUUUCUGAACACCACAAACUGGAUCGAGGAAGUUCGCACAGAACGGGGUGGUGAUGUUAUCAUAGUCCUAGUUGGAAACAAGACAGAUCUUGUUGAUAAAAGGCAAGUUUCAACUGAAGAAGGAGAAGCCAAGGCCCGAGAAUUCGGUGUCAUGUUUAUUGAAACCAGUGCAAAAGCAGGAUUGAACAUCAAGCCACUGUUCCGCAAAAUUGCUGCAGCCUUGCCUGGGAUGGAGACUCUCUCAUCAGCCAAGCAGGAAGACAUGGUGGACGUGAACUUGAAGCCCACAGUCAGUUCAUCGCAAACUGUGCAGCAGUCAGGGGGAUGUGCAUGCUAGACUCAUCAAGCUCGGAUUAUAAUGUCAUACAUAGAAAGACAAAAAAAAAAAAAAAACGGUUUUGUUGUCCCAAAAGGAGUUAUGCAUAUGCUAUUAUAAGAUUCAACAUAGCAAUAUCAUACUACCUCACAUUAAAUAUCUAAAUUUAUACUAUAGGAUCCUAAUCAAUCUCCUAUUCUUUUUUGGUUUGGAACCAAAGCCUUUGUUCUCUUUUUUCAGUGUUUUGUCCGUGUAGUGAAGGUCUUCAUUCAUGCCAAUUUUUGUUGCUCCUUUCCUAAAAACUGAUCUUUUUUCUUUUUGGAUACAGUAUUAUAUUUCUGUAUCGGUUUUUACUGUAUUUAUAUUUUCUUUUGGAGUAGGGGAUAUGAACUGCUUUUUGGUUUAUAUGCUUGUGCAGAUUGAUA